ACCUUUUUUUAGUUGUUGCUUCUUCCUCAAAAAUUCGAUAACAAUGGUGAAACGGAAUCGAGUUUCGCCGGCAGAACAAGCAUUACCCAUUGAAGAAGAUUGCAAAUCGUUGAUAAAAAAGCUUGCUUCGUGCAAGCAAUCAAUCCGCGACAGAUCCUUGCGAACUGUUCUUCGUACUUGGCUUCCAGAACAAACUGAAAUCUCCGAUGAAGAUAUGAAGAAGCUGUGGCAAGGAAUCUUCUAUUGUAUCUGGCACGCCGAUAAGUCUCUUUACCAAUCAGAACUCAUUGAUCGUCUCUCUUCUGCUAUUCAAUCCCUUCCUCUUCCUUUGUCUCUCCAUUACUUCACCGUCUUCUUGUUCACCAUGCGUCGUGAGUGGUCUCGUAUUGAUCGGCUCAGGUUAGAUAAGUUUUACCUCUUGAUUCGAAGGUUUUUGCAUGGUUUCUUCUCUCUUCUUGAUAGCAAUUCAUGGGAUUUGGAAUUCACUCGUCGUUUAAUGGGUGUUUUGUUCGAUGGGACUUUCCUUGCUGGUGAUAAGUUUCAAGGGAAUGGUGUUAACUAUCAUAUAGCUUCUGCUUUUGUUGAAGAGCUUAGGCCGUUUCUUCCUCUAAGGAAGGAGGUUUUGGAACUUCUUUUUGCUCCCUUUGUGAAAAUUUUGGGUGUUGUUACUGAUAAGAUUUUGGUGGGGAAGAUUAAGAGUAAUUUGUUUGAGGAGUUACUGAAGAUGGGGAAGAAGCUGCUGAUAAUUAAGAAAUCUGGGAAUGAUGUAGUGCCUGAGGAUGAUGAUGUAGUGGUUUUGGGUUCUAUUGCUUUGUCUAUGGAGUUUGCAAAGAGGUUCUAUGAGAUGGGUUCUUCUCCGGAUUGUCAUCAGGGUAAUAGGAAAUCGAUAUUUGCUCUUCACAAGGAGUUCUUGCAGUUGGAGAAGGAUAUGUCGAGUUCUGGUAUCGAAGUUUCUAUCGCAGAAGCUUCUCGUCCUGGCAAUGAUGAAGUGCCUGAACUGGUACCUGUGUCUGAGUCUGAAUCAAAUGCUGUUUCUAAGUCUAAGAAGAUUGUUGCAAAUGGGUCUUCUUCAAAGAAGAAGGGUUUGAAGAAAUGUUCAAAGACGAAAAAAGCCAGUGUCAAGAAGGAUGCUGUUAUGGAUAAUGUUAUUGAUCUUGGUAACAAAGAUGAAGCUUUUGAUGAGACUAUGAUAUCGGAUCUUCGACAGGAGUUUGAGAAGAUUGCAUCUGAAAUGAGUCCGUCAAAAAGUGAGGUUGCAAGUGUCUGUGAAGUAGCAGAGCCUGUGUCAAUAUCCAAAAAGAGCAAGAAGAGGAAAAGAGAGAACAAAGGGGAAGAGCAAGUUAUUACUGUUAACAGAGAUGUAGCAGAGACAAGCUUAGCUGGCCCGAGCAGUGAGAAGAGCUCAAAGAGAGUAAGAUUCGCAAUGAAGAACAAUUUGGUGUGGAAGCCUCAUUGCCCUCUACCUCCACAAGAUUUGAGGUGUCCUCCGUCUGCUACGCCAAGAGGAAGUGCUCUGAAGCAAGGAAUCCCGGCCGGUCCAGUGAGGGAGUUGGCUUCCCAGAGUAGGAAGACGAAGAAGAAAGUGAAACCAGCUGCACGUAGAGGAGUGAAGACGAUCAAGAAUUUGAAGAAGAAAUUGUCGCCAUGAAAAUGGAGUGUCGAGUCAUUUGUUGCUUUGCUGCUAGUUUUUCUUUAAAUUUUUGUUAUAGUUUCAACUUUCAAUACGUAUUCAAGAUUUUGUUUGCUGAUUUGACAUUUAUGAGAAAAAUGUUUGCCAUUAAAACCUGAUUCCGUUUGUUCGCACCUCUAUAAAACUACUUUUAAGCU